CAUUAAGCUAACGCGUAAGAAAAAGUCUCAAUCUCCACCGUCCAAUUCUAUCCACUGUCAACGGUCUCAGAUUUACCAUCUCUCUCACAUUUGCUUCUUUUUUCGCGUCUCAUAAUUUGACCAUUGAUUGACAAAACAAAACUAUGAGUCUUCUUUCUCUUCUCACUUCUCUUGUCGGAAAUUCACCUUCUCUCUCUCUCCUCCUCAUCUCACCGCCGGCGUUACGCCGGAUCUCCGCUGUUAAUCUGAUCAUGGAUUUGAACGGUGAGUGUAAAGGAGGAGAUGGGUUUAUUGAUAGAAGCAGAGUUAGGAUUUUGCUUUGUGACAAUGAUUCCAAGAGCUUGGGAGAAGUUUUCACUCUCCUUUCAGAGUGUUCUUAUCAAGUGACUUCAGUGAAAUCAGCAAGGCAGAUGAUUGAUGCCCUUAAUGCAGAGGGACCUGAUAUCGAUAUAAUACUGGCUGAAAUUGAUCUCCCAAUGGCUAAGGGUAUGAAGAUGCUGAGGUACAUCACACGCGACAAAGAUCUUCGGAGAAUCCCUGUGAUAAUGAUGUCGAGGCAAGACGAAGUCCCUGUCGUUGUAAAGUGCUUGAAGCUAGGUGCAGCUGACUACCUUGUGAAGCCUCUUCGGACCAACGAGCUUCUGAACUUGUGGACACACAUGUGGAGAAGAAGACGCAUGCUAGGACUUGCUGAGAAGAAUAUGCUGAGCUAUGAUUUUGAUCUCGUGGGAUCUGAUCCAAGUGAUCCAAACACAAAUAGUACUAAUUUGUUCUCUGACGACACAGAUGAUAGAAGUCUUAGGUCCACCAACCUGCAGAGAGGAAAUUUAAGUCACCAGGAAAAUGAGUGGUCUGUUGCUACUGCUACUGCUCCUGUUCAUGCUGGUGAUGGUGGUCUUGGUGCUGAUGGAACAGCCACUUCUUCUCUUGCUGUUACUGCUAUAGAGCCUCCAUUGGAUCAUCUUGCUGGGUCUCACCAUGAGCCAAUGAAAAGAAAUAGUAAUCCAGUGCAAUUUUCUUCAGCACCAAAGAAAAGUAGAUUGAAGAUCGGAGAGUCCUCUGCUUUCUUUACAUAUGUCAAAUCUACUGUCCUUAGAACUAACGGUCAGGAUUCUCCUCUUGUCAAUGGAAAUGGUUCACUUCAUCUUCAUCGGGGUUUGGUGGAGAAGUUUCAAGCGGUGGCUAGUGAAGGGAUCAACAACACCAAACAAGCACGCGGAACAACACCAAAAUCUACAAUCUUUAGAACUAACGGUCAGGAUCCUCCUCUUGUCAAUGGAAAUGGCUCACUUCAUCUUCAUCGAGGUUUGGCGGAAAAGUUUCAAGCGGUGGCUAGUGAAGGUAUCAACAACACCAAACAAGCACGCGGAAGUAGAGAGAACGAGAAAUACCAUUCUCAAGGAGAGAACUUACAGAAUGGUGCCAGCUAUCCACAUUCCCUUGAGCGGUCACGCACGCUUCCCACGUCAAUGGAAUCUCAUGGUAGGAACUACCAAGAAGGAAAUAUGAAUACUCCCCAAGUUGCUAUGAACAGAAGUAAAGAUUCGUCUCAAGUUGAUGGAUCGGGUUUCUCUGCACCAAAUGCCUAUCCUUACUAUAUGCAUGGGGUCAUGAACCAAGUUAUGAUGCAAUCAGCAGCCAUGAUGCCUCAAUAUGGUCAUCAACUUCCUCAUUGCCAACCAAAUCAUCCGAAUGGAAUGACGGGAUAUCCUUAUUACCACCACCCAAUGAACACAUCAUUGCAGCAUAGUCAUAUGUCUUUACAGAAUGGUCAGAUGUCUAUGGUUCAUCAUUCUUGGUCACCGGUAGGAAAUCCGUCUACUAAUGAGGUGAGGGUAAGUAAACUUGACAGAAGAGAGGAAGCUCUGCUGAAAUUUAGACGUAAAAGGAACCAACGGUGUUUUGAUAAGAAGAUUAGGUAUGUGAAUAGAAAACGCCUUGCUGAGAGGAGACCGCGUGUUAAGGGUCAGUUUGUUAGGAAGAUGAACGGGGUGAAUGUUGAUCUAAAUGGACAGCCUGACUCUGCUGACUAUGAUGACGAGGAAGAGGAGGAAGAAGAAGAAGAAGAGGAGAAUCGGGAUUCAUCUCCGCAGGAUGAUGCUCUGGGAACUUGAAGAAACAUCAAGAACUGAAAACCAUGUUGUGUUCAUACCUAUUUGCUUGCAUCUUAUCAAACAACACAAGAUGUUGAUCGACUGACACGAAAAGGAUGCUGCUCCUACAGUAAAAAAACAUAGGAUAUGGAGUCCGCUCGAAGGAAAUGUUGGCUCUUGCUGCUCAACUUUGGCAGAGCAUUGAAAAGCUCUCUGUGGAUGUAGCUUAGUUCGUUGAUAAACAUAUUAUGUGUUUUUGUAUCAUGUUCACUCACAUUCUCUCAGUAAGAAACUAAGAUGUAUUAA